CAUGCGGCUGUUUUAAUUCGAAGCCUAAGAACGUAAGUGACUUGAGGGUGUAUUGGACAUUUCAUUGAUCUCUAACCAUGGAAAGAGAAUCACGUACAAUUUACCAACGUGCUUUCUGUUAAUAUCUCUAUUUCCAUACCUGCGAUCAAGAACUUGUCGUGCGAGACUCAUCAUUGCACUUCCGUUUUGCUUCUCUCCAGUCGUUCAAAGCCAUGGAAUCUGAAUCAGGUAUGUGUAUGAACUUUGUUUGAAUACAAAAAAGCUUUCCCGGAAAAAAAUCUCCCUACAACAUCGUUUCAAUACAAAAAAAACGUGUAUUCGUUUACCUCUGUUUCAAUACAAAACAAUCUUCCUAAGAGUUGUAGAUUCUUGUCAAUGAUUGUGCGGCAGUACAGUUUUUUAAAAUUUGAUUGAAGCCUACAAAUAACGAUUGCUAUUGUCACCUUGCUUAUCUGCCAAAUUCUUGUUUGUUGUUUAUGUUCUUCGUUUUGUAUGCACAAGGAUUCACUGGAGUACAUUCACAUCCCUAGCUUUUGAACAUAGUUUAAUUUUAGUUCAUAUUUUUCUGUUGGUCAAACUUCGUAUGUAUCAUGCAGACACAUUAUUCAUGGUGCAGCUUGAAUACAAAGAAGUUUAUUGUUAUCUGUUUUUAAUACAAAAAAAUGUUUAAACAUUUUAUGAUGGAAUCGGAAUCAGGUAUGCUUCUAUGAACUUUGUUUGAAAACAAAAAAAUCUCCCCAAUACAUUGGUUAAAUACAAAACAAUCUGCGUUCAAAUCUCCCCAAUAAUAAAUUUUGUUCAUGAAUAUUGUUUAUGUUGUAUAAGUGUGCAUUCCGGUCAAAUCUUUACUGCAUUGUAAAAAUAAUUUAUAUGCAUAUUUAAACACAUUCAUGUGCACCCUGUAGUUGUACAUUAGUCACUACUAAUUGUAUUACAUUUAAUUUUUUUCUUCAUACUUUGGUACUUUCUCAUAAUUAUUUUUAUCAGUAAACACACAUAAUGGAUUUUUUUGUAACACUAAAUGCAUAUAUUCACACAUCUCACCAUUUAUUGGCUACAAAAAUUCAUGAGUUUUAUUGACCAUGUAAUUAUAACUUAAUUUGCACACGUACAUAUUUUGAAGUGCACCUUAGGUUUACAUCUGUUGCAUUACUAAUUAUUCUGAAUUGUAUGUGCUAUUUUGUUUUUGUCCCGGUAGGUGAACCACCAAAAUCAGUGGGGCAUAUGUCGGGGAACAUAUGCCGAGUUUUAUUAAAGAGAAAAAAUAAAGUUACAUAAAGAGGGGGACUAUACCAAAACCUCUUCCAAAAGAAUUACAAGAGUCUUCUAAAAGAAAGUAAAUUGAAAAUAUCUAAAAUAAUAGCAGUCUUUAUUGAGCCAGGUAAUGAGUCCAUAUCGACCAAAUAGUAAACUGGGUUGGCGAUACACCAGCAAGCAGAUGCGCAGGCCCGUUCCCUUCUCGCAUUGUGCUCUUGCCAAUGAGCUAUCAAUGAUAUCCACAUGCUUCAGCUUAGUAUUCACACAAAGUACAUAGCAGUGAUGCACUCGCAUGAUCGGGAAGACAAACUGCACCAAAAUAACCAUUUUCACAAUUCACAAUGUAAUAACAGUGUGCUCUUUUACUGUUUCCAACCCAAACUCAAUUUCUUCCACAAAGAGGGUGUAAGCAUUGUCAGUACUCAAUCCCAGGUGUGUCUGUGUGUCAAGCUACAACACGAUUCCAAAAUAGUUAUACCCAACUGUAAUCUUCAUGCAUUGCGUAUAGAUGAACACAUGGAAAUUCAUCUAAAAAAAUUUCAUAGAAAUUGCAAUUCUAAAAUAAAACAGCAAUUAGUAUUUUUCACAAGUGCGUACUUGCACAGUGCAAGACAUUAGCAAAUAAACAACUGGGAGACUCAUUGCUUCAGACGCUCUCUUUAUUACAAUACUGGAAUUCAUCACUAAAUGCACUUAAUAGCAUCUUUAAAUGCACUUAAAUCAACAUUCAUAUGCAUAUUAACUCCAUCACACAAAAAUCAACAUCCACAUUUAAAUCAACAUUUAUAUGCAUAUACAUAUGCACCUUCAUAUGUACAAACCUCAAUUACAGACACCACUCCUUGUAAUGAAUUGCACCGUACCUUUCUUGGUCUUCAUUCUUAGCCUGCAUUUAUUUCAGCUGCACCUACCAUUCUUAGUCUGCAUUUUGACCAGCAUACACAACAUCCUCAAUCACAAUUCAAUUGUACCUUUAGCUAAUCUAUUUUUUCACAAAAAAUUUAACCUAAUCAGGAUCAACACCCUGAUUUUUAUGAGCUAAUUAUGUUAAUCAUAACUAAUAUCUAUUUUAGUCGUUUAAAUAAGUUUCUUCUAUGAAUAAUGUGAUAUAUUAUGUAACCUGUUUUGUUUGUUGGCAGGUAACGUUGACCGGUAAGCUCAUAAUAAUUUGAAUUGAAGAAAUAAAUGAUGUUUUAGAUUUUAUCAUUUCAUAAGUAAAAGGGAGAUUUUUAUUAUUUGUUUCAGAAACAUAUUUUCUUUUAAAGAUUUAUAUAGACCCGAAUUGGAUCAAUUUAUUAGCCCAAUUAAGUAUUUUUUUUAAUAAAAGCCCUAGGAUUAAUGCUAAAGUACACUCAUAAGCCUAAUUAUCGUAAAAAGAAACCUGCGCCUCCCUAACUUGAUUGCGGCUCCUCUCUGGUUUUCUCUCCCAAAAACAUUGCUUCACCUUCAAAUUCAGUACUUUAGUUUUCUUGGUUUUGGAAUUUGGUAAGAUAAUUUCCGUCUUAUUCUCUUUACUUUCGUUAUGCUAUUGGUAUUGUUCAGAUGCAUAAGUUCUGAAAAGAUUUUCGUUAAUUCCCUUAGUCAAAAUAAAGACUUGCAAGGCUCUGUUUUAGUAAAUUGAUUGAGUCAAAAGAUUCAGUUAAAGUUAAAUCAUCUUUUGAAUAUCCACUUGUUAAUAGCUAUUUCAAUUUCUGUAAACAUCAUCAGUAAAAUAUCAAUGCCCAAUCAUAUAUCUUUCGCUGGGGAUUUUCUAGUAAAGCAUGAACGCUAGGAUAUUCAUCAAUACCUAUCUUUAGUUGAGUAUAAAACAACCUUGGACAGCUUGAUUCUUUUUAAUACGAAGUAUUGCUAUUUCAAAAGGCGUUCAGUUUCCUGAAUCUGAACUAUCAAUUUAAUUCUCUUUCAAAUUUCAGUAUUUUACUCACACAUGUACGCCUUGGAUCAGCAGCACUACUUUUAUAAAGAAAGCUUAUUUCGGUUUUAAUUUUCCUUAAGGGGUUAUGUUGAUUUGGGAUUUGGUUGUUGCCCUGGUUGGUGCUUUUCAGCAGAAACUUGAAGUUUAUUUAUAGAGCUUUGGUUUAAACUGUAAUGGAUUUGAUAGUAAUAUUAUUGAUUACCAAUUAGUUUUAUCCAGUUUGUCCAUAUUGAGAGAGAGCAAGUAAAUAAUCUCUCAGAUGAUUAUAUUCCAGUAUGUAGUAGCGCUAAGCCUCCAUAAUGUAGUCAUGCUUAAUUACUAGCAGAUUCUUAUUUUGCUAUUACAUUUAAUUAAAGAUUUAAGAGGAGAGCUUAUCGGAAGACGUUAUCAAGGUGCCACACUUAUUUGAGUAUUUUCAGUUCAGCUGUUAACAGGUAAGUUCACUACCACCUGUACAUGUUUGUUCAACCAAAUGAAACAAAGAAGUCUGGUUGAUUUUUAAUAGAUAAUUUUAGACUAUUUGCUAUUAUGUGAACUAGGUGAAUUCUGUGAUGAGUUAUUUUAUUUGUUGUAUUAAGUUAUGAUUAUUAUCUGGCAUAGUCAAGAGUUUGUUAGUACUUUUAUUUUCAGGUUUGAUGAUGUUUUUUUUUAAUCAAACGUCACUAUAAAAGAACUAAUACUUAAAGUGAAAGAUUAAGUGAUAUGUACUCGGGAACAAGUUCCCACAGAGUUAUCAGUUAUCAGUUUCAGAGAGUCCGAUAUGUUUAGUGGGUCGCUCCCCUGAGCUGUCGGAUUGGCGCCUUUGAGUACAUAUCACGGGCCCACAGAGUAAAAUUAGCCACAAAGAGUAUUACAGAAAGUUUAAUGAGAUCUCUUUCAGAAAGUUUUUACAGAAAGUUGUUUUUGAGAUCUCUUUCAGAAAGUUUUUACAGAAAGUUGUUUUUGAGAUCUCUUUCAGAAAGUUGUUUUUGAGAUCUCUUUCAGAAAGUUUUACAGAGAUGUUUUGAGAAGAAAUUUUGAGAUCUCUCCAGCAGUUUUGAGAAAUUAUUUUAGAAAAUAUUUUCUUUUGAGAUCUCCCUCAGAAUGUAAUUGAGAAGUUAUGUGUUAGUUAUUUGUUCAGUGCAUGCUUAUAGCCUAAAUUUAUCUAUUGAUAAAUUGGCAUAGACUUCUAGAUAUUUUUGUGGGUCCAUAGUGACUUACUAAGCGUAAAGCUUAUCAGUUUUCUUUCUUCGCAUGUACAGAUACUAAGGGUAAGGCCAAGGCCUAGGAAGAUGAUGAGGGAGUGGAACGUGUGCCAAGAUGAGUUGACGGGAACGACCUUGGCGGCUUCUAGCUAGAUAUUAUUUAGUUUUCAGUAUUUCAGUGUUAUAAUAAAGUGAUAAAUAUUACUUUAUUUUUAUUUGAGGAUUUGAAGUUCAGUAAAUUCCUGGAUCCAGGUGGUUAUCACAUUUGCUGGUGAUAACUAGAUUUUAUUGAGUUUUAUUUGGAGUUAUAUUUUUAGUUAUAUUUGAGAUUUUAUCAGGGUUAUUCCUUAAACAACGGCCGUUAUAUUGCAA